CAGUCUUCUGGUGGUUCAUUGGAGAUUAUUUAAACAGCCCUGGAGGUAUAUCACCAUUGUUGGUGCAUUUGAGAAACCUAACAGUAUGACAGUGACCAGAACACUGAAUCACCCAGACGUCUAUGUAUUCUGAAUGGUAAAGAUCCAAAUGCUUCAUUUGAUCCUGCAUUUAUGUGUGCUGUCCUGCCUUUCAAGAUGCUCUUGUUCCUCUGACACACCCCAACCGGUUUGGAGAGGAAAAUCUUUGGCACCCAAGCCUACCACUGCGACCUUCAGAAAGGGAAGUCUCUCAUUGCCCUUUGAAAUGCUGAAGAACUUACUGCGGAGGAGACUUUUUUCUUGUCCCACUAAAUACUACUUUGUGCUUCUUGUUUUGUCUCUGAUUACCUUGUCUGUUUUAAAGAUCCAUCAGAAGCCCGAGUUUCUAAGUGUCAGUCACUUGGAGUUUACGGAAGAGAAUCCUAGUAGCAAUGUCAACUGCACCAAAAUUUUACAGGGUGAUGUUAGCGAAAUCCAAAAGGCGAAGCUUGAGAUGCUAACGGUGGGGUUUAAGAGGCGCCCUCGGUGGACCCCGCAGGACUAUAUAAACAUGACAAGGGACUGUGGCUCUUUCAUCAAGAAGCGCAAGUACAUCACAGAGCCCCUGAGCAAGGAGGAGGUGGCCUUCCCAAUUGCCUAUUCCAUCGUGGUUCAUCACAAGAUUGAAAUGCUCGACAGGCUCCUGCGGGCCAUCUACAUGCCGCAGAAUUUCUACUGCAUUCACGUGGACAAGAAAUCCGAGGAAGCCUUCUUAGCUGCAGCGAGGGGCAUCGCAUCGUGUUUCAGUAACGUCUUCGUGGCCAGCCGCUUGGAGACCGUGGUGUAUGCAUCCUGGAGUCGGGUACAGGCAGACCUCAACUGCAUGAAGGACCUGUACGCCAUGAAUGCGGGCUGGAAAUACUUGAUCAAUCUGUGCGGCAUGGAUUUUCCUAUCAAAACCAACCUGGAGAUUGUUAGGAAGCUGCAGUCAUUCAGGGGUGAAAACAACCUGGAGACAGAGAAGAUGCCAGCCCAUAAGGAGGAAAGGUGGAGGAAGCACUAUGUCAUCAUGAACGGCCGGAUCAUUAACACGGGGACGGUCAAGACACCGCCUCCCCUGAGCACACCUCUGUUUUCAGGUAGCGCCUAUUUUGUGGUCAGUAGGGAGUACGUGAGAUUCGUGUUAGAGGAUGAACACAUCCAGAAGUUCAUGGAGUGGGCGCAGGACACGUACAGUCCCGAUGAGUACCUCUGGGCCACCAUCCAAAGGAUUCCCGAAGUGCCAGGUUCCUUGUCCUCCAGCAAUAAGUAUGACCUGUCUGACAUGAACGCCGUGGCCCGGUUUGUCAAGUGGCAAUACUUCGAAGGCGACAUGGCCCGCGGUGCACCCUACCCCCCCUGCGAUGGGGUGCAUGUGCGCGCCGUGUGCAUUUUCGGGGCCGGGGAUUUGAACUGGAUGCUUCGCAAGCACCACUUCUUUGCCAAUAAGUUUGACAUGGACGUCGACCUCUUUGCCAUCCAGUGUUUGGAUGAGCAUCUGCGGCAUAAGGCCCUCGAGAGGUUAGAACACUAAAUGAAGAUGUGCCUCCAGCCCACCUCCUUCCUCUGCCUCUGUUCAUGGAGGGGAAGCUGGAGUGUCGGGAGCUGCACCAGGGAAUGAAGCCUUGGGAGCAGGGGCCAGGAUGGCCGGGAAGGAGGCUGUGGCGGGAAGCAGCCUUCAGGACUGUUCACAACAACUCAGGGACUCGUGCCAAAAUUAUUUUGAGAAUUUUUAUAGUCUGAUCAUUUUUCCGACAUGGGUAAAUUUAUUGCCACACACAAUUGUAAGGAUACUGUGUAUCCUGUAGGUUAUGUAGAGGUGAAAUGGAGACUUGAUUUUUAUUGUACAUGAUCCUUGUAAAGUAAUUGAUUUUGUGCUGUCACGUUGUAUGGCGUAGUGUCUGAAUGCUGUCUCAGGGAGCUUUCAACAGGCAUGAUGUUCACGUUGCUGUCUUAUUUUCCCUUAUAAUAGCACAUAGGCAUUUAUUUUGAAAGCAAGGGGAAAAAUGAGUUUCUAUUUUAGUUGAUUUCUAUGAAUCAUCUUUUAAAAUAGCUGUUUAUCAGGUACAGACCUGUAGUUACAGGUACUCAGGAGGCUGAGUCAGGAUGAUGGUCAGGCUCUCAGGAGUGUGGGACAAGUUGGAUAUGGUCUCCUUCCCUCUCUUACUUUCUACCUCUCUCCCUUUGUCUUUUAGUACUGGGAAUAAGUCCAAGGCCUCAUCUAUGGUAGGCAAUAUGUUCCUAGCCUGAGACCUUAACUCUAAGGCCAAAAAAAAAAAAAAGUGUGUAUAUUCAAAGUAUUGUUUAUUUACCAAGAGUAACAUUCAUCUUUUCCCAAUAUUUCCUUUUAUAUCCCCUACCCACCCCCCCAUCUCCCCAGCCUCUGUAUCAAAGGGUGUGAAAAAUUUUGCCAUUUGAGAAACCAACAUGGUCUUGAUUCUCUGAUGUGCUCCAGUUGACAGAAAUCCAUGCAGAAAACAGAGAUAGAAGUAGGUCUGAGAGGAAGGAGAAGGAAUCUAUGUAGACUGAUGAUGAUACUCCAUGCUGAGCUUUUGAAACCAGCAACUACCACUGUCCCAGGGCUUUUGCUCAUUGGAUCCACUUGUGUCUAUGACAUAUUCCAGUGUCAUCAGUGCCUUUGAAAGAACCAGGCCCUGCCCAACCUUGGGUCUUGGUGUUCCUCCCCCCCCCCCCAUGGUCAUAAGCCCUUUGUAAGUUGUGUCUUCCUCUCUCAGAGACUUCAGUGGGGAGGGAGUGUUGCUCUGUUAUUCAAGAGGCCUGUUGGAAGGCCUGGGAGGGGAACUUCAGAUUUCACUCAGAUUCACUCUUGGUAUUGUCCACAGCACAUAGUUUUUUACUCUCUCUGUUGUCACCAAAAGGUAGCACUGUAUUCCAUCUCCCAUCCUAAGUAAAGAUUUUUUAUUAUUAUUAUUAUUACUUUUGAGACUUGGGCUAAGAUGAUACUGUCCAGCCAAAGAGCUGCUAGGAAUGGCAGAGCUUUGUCAUUUGACACUAGUCUUUACACAAGAACCGAAACUGUUUUUAAGUUCAGUGGUAAAACAUAGCCCGUUUGAAUUGUCCAUGAGCUAUUCAUAUCAGCUGGUUUUAAAGCAAUCAUUUUAAGUUUCAUUUUACUGAAAGGCGUAUUCUUUUUCAAAACGUUAUCAUCGUUUGUAAAUGAUAAGUUGUGUUUUGUGUUAGACCAAGAAGUAAAACAACCAGUGUUGGACAAAGAUCAACAUUAUUUGCUUAGAAACUCAAAAAAAAAAAAAAGAAAAAGAAACUCAAGAGACGAUGUGGAUGUGGCUGAGGGGUGACAGGUGCACGCCUGUCACUCCCUGUGUUAGUUUCUAAAGUGUAUAUAUAUAUUUUUUUUCCUUUGGUAGAACGGUUUCUACUUGUAAGAUAGAACAUUAUUUUCUUACCCUAAAGCCAAUGAUACUUGACAUAAUACUUUAAUUUAUAACUUAUAGCUGUUUUUUUUUUCAUUUUAAAAACCAGCAAAUCUACUAGAGAGUUGAAAACAGUACAUGUAGUGAACACACAGGUAACCCUCACCUGUGCUCCAUUUUCUUUUAAACUGCGUGUGUUAAAUGUAACACACCUGGAAACUGUAGUGUCACUGCAUCUGACUUCUGUUGAAAUUAGCGGGUUCUGGGUCUGCCAUGCUAUCCAUACUGGAUUUGUAGAAUCCAUGUCCGCGAACCCACAUUAAAAUUGUGGCUGCACCAUCUUUUCUGUAGCUGUGAUACCCCCUCUUUGUUCAUUGCUAACAGGAGCGCAUAGGAUUCUCUCUGGGCUCAAAGGAUUCCCUUUUGCAAGAUUUAAGCAACAUGUUACAAAAGGGAAGCAAAUGUUUAUGGAAAGCCAACUUAUACUGCGGGGACCAGCAUUUGCUUAUUCAAAUGCAAUAUGAGGGAUGGAAAAAGUGAGAAUUUGUGAGUGAAACUAGAGAUGGGAACAAAGUUCGAGUUCUUCAGUAAAGUUAUGGAACUUAUUUAACUUUCACAUGUUAGUUACUAAACACUAUUUUUUUGUACCAUCAUUUGGGGGUCUUAUUUUUAGAAGUCACAUUCAUAAAUAAAAAUCAAAAGUCCCUGCACAUACAUAAACUGAAAAUUUAGAGUAGAAAGAAUCUAUUGAGUGAGGAUAAAAGAUAAAGUUAUUUGCUUUAUAGGCAACUAUCUAAGUUCUUCCCAGACCAUGGUGAACAAUGACUCUGCCUUGAAAAUAUGGGGUAUUAUCUUAUAUUUGUGCCAUUCAUCAAGUACAGAUUCAUUUAAGUGAGAUAAUUACUAGAUUUUUUUUCUUCCAGUGACUUGGGUCAGAAGAGAUCCUGUUUUAUUAUUUUAUGAGAAGGGUCAAUUGAAAAAUCAUUUGCAUUGUGUUUAGGAAAAAUCAUUUGCUUUAUGUUUAGUAUAAAAUGAAUGUUUUAAGACUGUCAAGAAAAAGAAAAUUGAAUUAAACUAAUAAUAAAAAUGAAUGCAACACUAUUCCAUGCUAAAUGUGGUUGCCAGAAUUUUUACACUGUAGACUGGAUGUGAUUGAAUGUAAUUCAGAUCCUUGUAUCACCAUUAAAACCAACCAUUGAGAAACCAA